AUGAAGAAAAGAACAAAAAUAUGUGAAAGAGGAAGAAUUAACAAUGUUGAUAGAAGACAGAAAAGAGAAGAGGAGAAACAGGCAGAAGAGAGAUACCAAGAAGUAGCAGAAGAAAUGGAAGACGAAGAAACGAACGAGGAAAAUGAAGAAGAGAACGAAAGAAAGGAAGAGAAAGGGGUGGAUAACGAAGGAGAGGAAGAGAAAGGAGUGGAUAACGAAGGAGAUGAAGAGAAAGGGGUGGAUAACGAAGGAGAGGAAGAGAAAGGAGUGGAUAACGAAGGAGAGGAAGAGAAAGGGGUGGAUAACGAAGGAGAGGAAGAGAAAGGGGUGGAUAACGAAGGAGAGGAAGAGAAAGGGGUGGAUAACGAAGGAGAGGAAGAGAAAGGAGUGGAUAACGAAGGAGAGGAAGAGAAAGGGGUGGAUAACGAAGGAGAUGAAGAGAAAGGGGUGGAUAACGAAGGAGAUGAAGAGAAAGGGGGUGAUAACGAAGGAGAGGAAGAGAAAGGAGUGGAUAACGAAGGAGAGGAAGAGAAAGGAGUGGAUAACGAAGGAGAGGAAGAGAAAGGAGUGGAUAACGAAGGAGAGGAAGAGAAAGGAGUGGAUAACGAAGGAGAUGAAGAGAAAGGGGUGGAUAACGAAGGAGAGGGAGAGAAAAGAGGGAGAGGAGGCAGGUGGAUGAUGCAUUAA